AUGCACCCCAAGGCCAAGGAGCCCGCGGUCGACGGGGGAGUGGAGCAGGACUGCGUGCCAGAACCGCACAUGGAAGAGUCUGCGGGUGACCGCGGGAACGCAGGCCCAGGGGACCUCAAGGAAGAAGUAAUUGAUCCUACAGCACCAUCAGCAGGCCCUUCUGACACAUCCUAUCAAAGUGAGCAGAAGCAAGGUGGUGAUAGCAGGCCAGCUGGCUGCUUGGCACACCAGCGUGAUGACAAGGAAGACCGGGGCCCCAGAAUGACUAAAAGUUUCCUGCAAAAACUCUGCAAGCAGCACAAGCUUUAUAUUACUCCAUCACUGAAUGAUACACUGUAUUUACACUUUAAAGGCUUUGAUCGUAUUGAGAAUUUGGAGGAGUACACGGGGCUUCGCUGCCUGUGGCUGGAGUGCAACGGAAUACAGAAAAUCGAGAACCUGGAGGCCCAAACCGAACUGCGCUGCCUCUUCCUACAAGUGAAUUUACUUCAUAAAAUUGAGAACCUAGAACCUCUGCAGAAACUGGAUGCACUUAACCUCAGCAACAACUACAUCAAGACCAUUGAAAACUUAGCCUGCCUGCCAGUCCUAAACACGCUUCAGAUGGCCCACAACCACCUCGAGACUGUGGAAGACAUACAGCAUCUGAAGGAGUGCCUGAAGCUUUGCGUCCUUGACCUUUCCCACAAUAAGCUGAGUGAUCCAGAGAUCCUGAGUGUUCUCGAGAGCAUGCCUGAUUUGCGGGUACUGAAUCUGAUGGGAAACCCAGUCACCAAACACAUCCCCAGUUACCGGCGCACAGUUACUGUUCGACUAAAACACUUAACGUACCUGGAUGACAGACCAGUCUUUCCCAAGGACAGAGCUUGUGCAGAGGCCUGGGCCAGGGGAGGGUACGCAGCAGAGAAGGAGGAGAGAGAACUGUGGGAGAGCAGAGAGCGGAAGAAGAUCACAGACAGCAUCGAGGCUUUAGCGAUGAUUAAGCGGCGAGCCGAGGAGAGGAAACGACAGAAAGAAAGUGGAAAGGAAGGUACAUACUACGGGGCAGGCGCAGAAGAUGCCCACGUAAAGGGGAAGGAAGAGCCCUGUGUGGAUGGGGAAACACUGCAGAAAAUAGAGCUGUUUGUCAAUGAAAGCUUCAAGGUGAAGGAUGAGAUGUUCCCAGGGAAGCAGAAUGGAGGAGGUGAGCCAUCUGCGGAGGUCAAUGGAGAGAUGGGAGACCAGGAGCCAGGGGGAUCAUUGCCUACUGCGGGCCUGAAUCCAGCCACCCCCGGAGCUGCUUGGGAAGAAUUGACUCCCCAGACCAUGGCCAAUGAGGCUGCAUCAGGGGCAGAGCUGGAGGAAGCUGAGGCUACGGAAGCUGUGAAGCUGGGGCCAGAGAAGCUCUUCAUCGAUGACCUGCCCGAUUUGGAAGAGGUGGAUGCCGGCACAUCGCUGGAGGCCCAGGCCCAGAUGUGCCCCCCCAAGAUCACAGCCAUCUUGAGCCCGAGCGAUGACAGUGACUCUGAGCUGGACUAUACCUCCCUCCCAGAGCUGGAGCGUGGGUCUGCAGACACCCUUUCAAACAUAUUCGCAGUCACCAAGGACCUCUCCAGGAAGGAGGGGGCUCCUUACACAGGCAUAUUUCAAGAAACUGCAAAGAGGGACUCGGAACCCCCAAGUUCAGUCCCAAAGCACCCACGCCCGCUGAUUCAGGAGCUUGAUGAGCCUUUGGGCCCACCACUGCCCCAGCCGUGCCAGGGGGAGGCUACAACCCCCGCUUCUUGCCAAGAUGGGCACAGUCCCCCACUUCCAGGAAACUGCGCCAAGAGGGGCGGGGUGUGCCCUGAACAGCUCAGAGGAGAGCACCAGGACACUGCCUUUGCCUUGGACUGAACCCCAAGGUGGGCCUGCACCCGCGGACUCUCAAGACAGGGAGCGAGCACUGGCACAGGCCCUCUCGACGGCUCCACGCCUGUGCUCCUCCAGGGCAGUGGCAGCAGCACGCAAGCUUGUGCUCCAGGCUCAGCCACGCGUUCCCCGCGUAGGCAGCGGGGCCGGCUGUCUCCCUGAGCUUCAUAAACAGCCCCAGGUCUUCAUGAGUCGUGUCACAGGACUCUCUAGCGUACGCACUGCUCAGGUGGGGUUUCCACCAGCUGCCCGAGAACAGCCACCCUGUAUCACGGACCCUCAGAAACGCACAAACCUAGUUAGACUCUGGGGUCGCAGACACCCUCAAGUGGGCAUCACCACCCCCUUGCCCCCCACCAGAGUAGUUACAGGCCCCUGG